ACGACACUAGGUUUCCAUGUUGAUUGGAGGAUCAAUUCCUGAGAAAGCAAGUAAUUUUUAUCUUUAUCCAAUCCCCCCAUAUGUAGUAGUGCAUGGAAAGAAUAUUAUCAGAAUAUUACUAGCAUUGACAACCACUUACCAUAUGUUAUAAGGAGAUACGUUUUUCCAAGCCACUUGAAACCUUGAUCUUUUCAUUCAUUCAUUAAAAGCCGGUGAGGAUAAAUUAACAAUCACUUUUGCUCUUCUUAUUCUCAAUAUAAGAAGAAGGGAUAGAAUUAAGAAGUGGCUUAUCCUGGAUUAUGGCUACAAAGGAAGGAGAGACACAUCUUUCAAUAAUAGAACAAGCAGGGGUUGGGUUUCUUCUCUCUAAUGAGGGAGAGGUUCCUUUAUCAUGCAUCGAAGGGAAGACCACAUGCCUCUUCUUCUCAGCUAACUGGUGCAGGCCCUGCCGAAACUUCACUCCGCGAUUAAUCCAACUCUACACUGCCCUCAAAAACACAGAAAAGGAUGUACAAAUCGUCUUUGUCUCCCUCGACCGCGACGAAAAUAGCUUCUUGGAUCACUUUAAGCACAUGCCAUGGCUCGCUGUGCCAUUUAACGUCGACAUAAGGAGACGGUUGCGCGCAACUUUUAAGAUCGACCGUAUCCCUUCAUUGACUCCUUUCGCGCCAAAUGGUAUGUUGAUUGAAGAAGAUGCAGUUAAGUUGGUUGAGGACUACGGAAUUGAUGCAUUUCCCUUUGAUGCUAAGAGGAGAGAGCAGUUGCGGGCUAUCGAUGAGGCGAAGCGACAAGGAGGGAAAAUAGAAGAGCUUCUUGGGUGCAAAGAGAGAGACUAUGCUAUCUCCAAAGAUGGAAAAAAGGUUCCGAUAGUCGAGCUCGCCGGGAAAACAAUAGGCCUCUAUUUUGGAGCACAAUGGUGCCCGCCAUGCCGCGCCUUCACGACAACGCUUGUAGAGGCGUACAACGAGCUAAGGAUCUCAAAAAGCGGAGGCUUCGAGAUUGUGCUUAUUUCAAUGGAUCGCGACGAAGAAGAAUUCAAAUCGAGUCUCGAGAAAGUGCCAUGGAUUUCAAUUCCUUAUCACGAUAAAACUCGGCAUGACCUUUGUAGGAUCUUCAACAUAAAGGGAAUUCCGGCCCUCGUGAUCCUCGGGCCAGACGGUAAGACUCUAAGGACCGACGGGCGAGCCAUAAUUUCAAAUUUUGGCGCGACGGCUUUUCCUUUCACAGAAGCAAAAGUUGCUGAGGCAGAGGAAGCACUUAAGAAGGAAGGAGAGAAGCUGCCACACCAAGUGAAGGAUCCUAGACAUGAGCAUGUGCUUAAGUUGGAUAUUGCUAGAUGUUAUGUUUGUGAUUCAUGUAAGAAGCAAGGGAGGUAUUGGGUGUUCUCCUGCGCCCGGUGCGACUUCGAUCUUCAUCCCUCGUGCAUCGAAGAGAAUCAGAAACAAUGAGUUAUUCUAAGAACAGUAACAAAGAAAGCUAUAUAUGCAUGUAGUUAUUUAGUACCAUUUUGGUUUUUGUCUGUUUUCACCUUAGUUACACACAGUAUGGUAAAUGAUCACAGCUUGAUACACACUCCGCAGUUACUGCUUAUUGUCUGUAAGAUGUUUUCUAUGCUCUCUAUCCAUCAGUUUUUUAUGGCAA